AUGUUAACCCACGGAAUUAAGACAUACCCACUGAUUAACCCAUUUCAUUGGGGUUAUAAUGGUAGCGUAGAAGAACAUGUAAGUGAAAAGGGUUCUGUUGAAAUCUCAUUAAAGGAUUCAAAAGAAACUAUACCAUUUAAUGAAUUUGUUCAACAACAUGUACCUGCGUUAAAAGAUGGUGCUAAAUUUAGAUUGGAUCCUAAGAUUUUCACUGGUAUUUUGCAAACCAUGUAUUUGAGUGCUGCUGAUUUCUCCAAAUCCUUCCCAAAUUUUUAUGGCAGAGAAAUUGUUCAAUUUGAGGAUGGUGUAUGUACUGCUGAUUGGGUUAGAUCAGAUUGGUCUACUAAAUAUAACCAGGAUAAAACUACAGGUAAAUUUGAUAUAGAAAAGUUUAACAAGGAUGAAGCUGAGACUCAUCCUGACAACUGGCCUCGUUUACAUCCUCGUACAAGAUACAUGUCAGAAUCUGAAUUAAAGGAAACUCAUGACGAUACACGUCCUGUUGUAAUUAUCAUGCACGGGUUGGCAGGUGGUUCCCAUGAACCUAUUAUUAGAUCUUUAGCCAUGCAUUUAUCCCAGAUUGAUAAUGGUAGAUUCCAAGUUGUUGUGUUAAACACAAGAGGUUGUGCAAGAUCCAAGAUUACUACUCAUGCAUUAUUUACCGGGUUACAUACGGGUGAUAUUGAACACUUUGCUUUAAGAGAGAAAGAAAGACAGCCAGAUAGAAACCUUUAUGCCGUAGGUUGUUCAUUUGGUGCUUUAAUGUUAUCCAAUUAUUUGGCACGUGUUGGUGAAAAGACCCCAUUGAAAGCAGCUGCUACAUUAUGUAAUCCAUGGGAUAUGGUUCUAUCAGCUGAUAAAUUACAAAAUGAUUUUUGGUCUAGAAACUUAUUCUCAAAGUCAAUAACUCAAUUCUUGGUUAGAUUAGUCAAAGUUAAUAUGGGUGAAUUAGAGGUUCCUGAAGGUACUAAACCUGAUCAUGAACCUACAGUUGAAAAUCCUCAAUUUUAUACAUUCACUCAAUCCAAUUUGAAAAAAGCAUUUAAAAUGACCAAGAUAAUUGAGUUUGAUAAUGUCUUUACUGCACCAUGUUUAGGAUUCAAGAGUGGUAUGGACUAUUAUAGAGAAGCCACUUCGUUAAAUAGAAUUCAAAAUGUUGCUAUUCCAUUAUUAGCUAUAAAUUCUAAGGAUGAUCCAGUUGUUGGUGAUGUUGCCAUCCCACAAGAAUAUUUGAAUAAAAAUUCCAAUGUCGCAUUAUAUGAAACCGAUUUGGGGGGUCAUUUAUCGUACAUUCAAUCUGAUGGGGACUCUUGGUCCACCAGAGCAUUAGCUCAAUUCUUUGACAGUUUUGAUAAGAAUGUAUUGUAA